AAACUCCUCUGCUGUACCUUGGUUCAUUCACAACGACGCCACUCUGGAUUACCACCACCACAGCCUCUGUAGGGAAGCUCCUACCUCGGGUUGCAAACAGCUGGUUGUUCACCUCACUAACCUGACUUAUACAAUGAAAAUGUCCGCAGCGGAGAUCAGCCAGAUCCUCAAGGAAGGAGAGCUGGAGAAGAGGAGCGACAACCUGCUCCAGUUCUGGAAGAGGAAGACGUGCGUCCUGACCACGGACAGCCUCAACAUCUACGCGGACACGCAGAAGAAGCGCACCAGAAGCAAGGAGCUCAAACUGCAGUCCAUCAAGAAAGUGGACUGCGUGGAGCGGACCGGCAAGUUCGUCUACUUCACCAUCGUGACCACGGACAAUAAGGAGAUCGAUUUCCGCUGCUCCGGAGAGGAGAACUGCUGGAACGCGGUGAUCACCAUGGCGCUGAUCGAUUACCAGAACAGAAAGGCGAUAGAGGACUUUAAGACAAGGCAGGACAACGAGAGCGCGUCGCCAGGACAACAGGAGAGGCGCAUGGCGAGGGCUCCUUGAGGAGCCGCGGUGCAUCACGGGGACUCCAGGCUGUUAACCACUCCUAAUAUGUGUCAAAACGGACCAUACAGAAAUAUUACGCGGACCAAAAGGAAGACGAGGUCAUCCGGUCCAGAAGAGAUGAAGGAUUGCACGGGGACUGAGCUCUCGGAGAGAGGGGGGGACAUCUGAUCCAACCUGACAGACGGAGAGAUUUACAGAAGCUCCACACACACAGGACCGAACUCUUGAAUUGUCAAAAGUAUUUCAAGUUUGCUCUCCUGGGAGGAAUAUGACUCCUAAAACCAUGAUGUUAAUUUAUUUGUUUCCAGGAUUACUGGCAAACAGCUUGUUCUUGUUUAAAUUAUUUACUAUUUUAAUAUGUGUGUUGAGUGUGUAUUUAUUUGAAUAAAUAUUCCUGCAUUUUUUGACAUAA